UGGAUUCCCACCAUGGCCUGGGCCCCUCUGCUCCUCGCGCUGCUCACUUACUGCUCAGGAUCCUUGGCCCAGUUUGUGCUGACUCAGCCGCCCUCAGCAUCCGCGUCUCCUGGGCAAACGGUGACGAUCUCCUGUGCCAGGAGCAGCGGCAGCAUCGGUAGCUACUAUGUAUCCUGGUACCAACAGAAGCCUGGCAAUGCCCCAAAGCUUAUUAUAUACGAGUGGAACAAGAGACCCUCUGGAAUCUCAGAUCGAUUCUCCGGCUCUACAGACACCUCCGCCAAUGCUGCCUCCUUAACCAUCUCUGGGGUCCAAGCCGACGAUGAGGCUGAUUAUUACUGUCAUUCAUAUGACAGCAACAGCAAUCCCACAGUGCUACAGGCCCAUGGGGAACUGAGACCAAAACCUCCCACAGCAGCUCACGUUCCACUGCUCUGGUCUCACUGUGUCUUCCCCCUGCCUGAGGCCCUGCAGCGAAAUGAACUGUCUCUCCCCCCUCACAGGUGGUACAAUCCCCCAAAAAGGGCAAACUGGGCCGUUCUUCAGCUCUGGGGAUUUAAGAGCGAAUUGGAGGGUUCCUGGAAGAGAGACGUGAUCCUCUGGAUUCCCACCAUGGCUUGGGCCCCUCUGCUCCUCACGCUGCUCACUUACUGCAUUGGUUUCAGUUCCCAGCAACUCCAGUCGCUGAAAGCGUCCGAGUUCGUGUCUCCUGGAGGGACCGUGACCCUCUCCUGCAGCCUGAGCAGUGGGGCCAUCGCUGAUAACAACUACCCGAGCUGGGUUCAACAGAGACUGGGGAAUGUUCCUCGGCUGAUCAUGCACACUACGAGUACCAGGCCCUCGGGGAUCCCAGAGCGUUUCACUGGCUCCAGAUCGGGUAACACCAUGUCCUUGACCAUCAAGGGGGCCCUGGCGGAGGAUGAUGCUGAUUAUUACUGCGGUGUGUGGACUGGCAGUGCUCAUCACAGAACAGGGCAAAGCUUGCUGGGCACGUCGGUGUCGCUGCUUCUGGCUCAGAACCUGGGAGAGCAUCAGACACUUGGCUACAUGAACAGGAGAAAGAUAUUGACUCACCCCUGUAAGGCCAGCUCCAGCCAACCCCCAGAGCAGUCCCUGUGA